UUUGGUCCAGUGGGACUUAUGAAAAAGGCCAUCACCAUAUCUGAGGAUGAAGAGUGGAAGAGACUUAGAACACUGCUGUCUCCAACUUUCACCAGUGGAAAACUCAAGGAGAUGUUCCCCAUCAUUGGACAGUAUGGAGAUGCACUGGUGAGAAACUUGAGACGAGAAGAAAAGAGAGGGAAGCCCAUCACCAUGAAAGACAUCCUUGGAGCUUAUAGCAUGGAUGUGAUCAUUGGCACAUCAUUUGGAGUUAACGUUGAUUCCCUCAACAACCCAGAGGAUCCCUUUGUGCAGAAAGCCAAAAAGAUCUUAAAGUUUUCCAUUUUUGAUCCAUUUCUUCUCUCUAUAGUUCUGUUUCCAUUCCUUACUCCAAUAUAUGAGUUGUUAAAUCUCUCCAUUUUUCCAAGACAAUCAGUGAAAUUUUUCAAAGAAUUUGUAGUAAGGAUGAAGAAAAAUCGCCUUGAUUCAAACCAGAAGACCCGAGUGGAUUUUCUUCAGCUGAUGAUGAACACUCAGAACUCCAAAGGCGAAGAGUCCCCAAAAGCUCUGUCUGAUCUAGAAAUGGCAGCACAAACCAUUAUUUUCAUUUUUGCUGGCUAUGAUGCUACAAGCACAUCCAUUUGCUUCAUGAUGUAUGAACUGGCCACCCACCCUGAUGUGCAGAAGAAACUUCAGGAUGAGAUUGACAGAGCUCUGCCCAAUAAGGCACCUGUCACCUAUGAUGCCCUGAUGGACAUGGAGUACCUUGACAUGAUGGUGAAUGAAACUCUCAGAUUGUACCCAAUCGCUAACAGACUAGAGAGGGUCUCAAAGAAGGAUGUGGAAAUCAAUGGAGUGUUCAUUCCCAAAGGGACUAUAGUUAUGGUACCAACUUAUCCUCUUCACCGGGACCCUGAGUACUGGCCAGAGCCUGAAGAGUUCCGCCCUGAAAGGUUCAGCAAGGAGAACAAGGGCAGCAUCAAUCCUUAUGUAUACCUGCCCUUCGGGAACGGACCCAGGAACUGCAUUGGCAUGAGGUUUGCCCUCAUCAGCAUGAAACUCGCUGUCGUCAGAGUCCUGCAGAACUUCACCCUCCAGCCUUGUGAGGAAACAGAGAUCCCCCUGAAGUUCAGCAGGCAACCAAUUCUCCAACCAGAAAAACCCAUCAUCCUGAAGAUUGUGUCAAGAGAUAAACCCAUAACUGGAGCGUGAAUUUCCCUCAGGAACCAUGCUAUAUUCUUCAAGGGGGCUGUGUCAUGGAACACCAGCAAAUUUAAUUUACCAUGGAAUGAAACCCAGAUGAAAUGAGCAUAAUGUACUUUCCUUGAUGAUUGAGUAUUCAGUAAUUCAUUGAACAUGCUCAGUGUCUAUACAGAGUAUCAUCUAUUAUGUGAUUCAAAGGAAACAAAGUCAGUAAUAGAUA